AUGAAUAAAGCUGAUGACAAGUGGAAGAGACCUCCAAGGAUGGUUAACAGGAAUCGUGAUACCAGCAAGUGGUGUGACUUCCAUAGAGACCAUGGUCACACCACUGAAGAAUGCACACACUUGAAGGACAACAUAGAAGACUUAGUUAGGAGAGGGUACUUGAAUCAGUUUAAGCAGCGUGAUGACCCUCCCAGAAGGAGGGAUAAGGAUAGAGCAGGCCGCCCUGACCGCAGAGGAGGUCAUAGGGGCCCAGCCGGAGAUAGAGACAGAGAUGGCAAGCCAGAAGGCAGGGUGUAUGUGAUCAGCGGGGGUCCACCGCAUGCCACAUUUGACGAGUAUGACGAGAAGGGCAUAAUUUACCCUCAUGAUGACCCGCUGGUGGUGACAAUGAGAAUCGCAAACUGGGAGGUGGAUAGAAUAUUGAUAGACGGAGGCAGCUCAGCCAACAUCAUAUACAUCAGUGCGUUCAACGAGCUGAAGUUGGACAGAAAGGACCUGAAGAGGGUGAGCUACGAAGUCACCAGGUUUAAUGGGUCAACGCUUACCCCAGAAGGCAUAAUCGAACUCUCAGUAUGA